AUGCUUUUCCAGACACAAGAGCUUGGUCUUCAACUCUUUAAUUGUCUCGUUUGCGUGGGCCUCCUGCUUCCUCAGCUCACGAAUGGAGUGUUCACAGGUGUGUGUUACACUGAGUUGGGUGUGCGCGUCCCAAAGACCACGGGAUCAGCCUACACCUACAGCUACGUCACCUUGGGGGAGUUCGUGGCCUUCUUCAUUGGCUGGAACCUGAUUCUGGAGUAUUUGUUCGGGACGGCAGGGGCCUCGGCGCUCAGCAGCAUGUUCGACUCUCUGGCCAAUCACACCAUCAGCCACUACAUGAUCACUCACCUGGGGACUCUGCGAGGCCUGGGUAAAGCACAUUUAUGA